CAGAUCUCUGGCACAUACCAGCAAUGGUGUUUGUUGGGACUGCCUGUUUUUUUGGGAGGCACAGACAGGCACAGAGAACAAGGGGGGUAAGAAGAACUGAAAUAGCCAUUUAUUUGAUCUUGUUUGCGGUGACGGAGGGAUAAGCGUUACUACCUCUUGUUUCAUUUUUAAGAACAUUUACUCACCCGUGUACCACUGUCCUGAGUGUGUCCGGGGUUAGCAAUGAGCAAACAGGAGACUCUGGCCAGCUGUAUUGCCAGGAUGUAUGAGGGUGGCAAGUUGGAGAAUUCUGGAACUCCAUCCGGGACCGUAAAGAAACCGAGGCCCGCUCUUAUAGGUAAUCUGAGCAAUGUGGAGGUCAAGUUGAACGUCCUGGAAGGAAAGGUGGAACAAAUCGAAUGUGUCCAGAAAGAAGUGCUUCAGAAACUGAGCUCAUUGUGUCAGGGGAUGGAAUCUUUGGAGAAAUGCCUUAUGCAACAUAAGCCGGGGGCUCAAGAAUCAAAUCUCAUCAAAAAUGGCCAAUGGGACACAACAAACAAGCACCCAUUGCUAACUGAGGUCAGAUCAUUGUGUGGGGAAACAGUGGAUCUGCUUCAUGAUCUCAAGCAGGAGAGCCAGCAACAAAGAAAAAAGAUUGAAGGUAUUGAAAGUUCUUUGUCCACUCUGGAUAAAGUACUUAGGUAUGUGGGAGAUGCUUUCCGCAAUUCAAAGAUAGUGGAGUUCAUCCUGAAUGGUGUCGUGCCUUGGAGAAAGCAAGGCCUUCUGGAAACUGUGAAAGAAGAGAAAAACAAGCCAGAUGGCAACAUUGUUAAACACAAAGACCGAAGCACACAGACUUCAGAGGAGGUUAAAGAAGGAUUUUCUGCUGAAUUCAACCAGCCAGAGGUCACUAUUCCCACUGUUCCAAAGCUGCCUUUUCCAGAUGCCCUUACAAAACCAAAUGAGUCUAUUCUCCUCGUUAGUAAAGAAGUUUCCAACAAAGCCUUGCGAAAAGCCAAAGAGGUCACCGCGAAAAGCAGGGAACCAGCACGUGUCCAAACAUUUGCUCCUGAAGACCUGGAAGCAGAGAAGUCUGAGGUGCACGAUGUGCCCAAACAGGAAACUAAUAGCUCGGAUGCAGCGCAGACUAACAUAAAAUGUGUCAACGUGACAGCAGCUAAGGUGGAGGAAGAUGUGGUUCAACCAGAAAGGGCUCUUAAACAGGUAGAGGGUUCCCAGGUUGGUAAGGAGACUGGGGGCAAGAAAACAGCUCUUGGACAACAAGUUACGCUAAAGGCUGAGGUUCUUCAGGGACAGCCAGAAGUUUCACAAGUUGCAGAGGAAACUUCACUUAAGUCAACAGAACUUUUACAACAAGAAAAACAACUGGAGAUAAACAUUGAGGUUCCUCAUAAACAUGCAGAAAUUUCCCAGGUUAGUAAAGAGGUUUUACUCAAACCAGAAACUCUAGAACAACAACCCGUGCAGAUAGUGAGAGAACCUCAAAAACCACAGCAAUGCACCAAAGAGCCAGUAAUAGAGGACGCAAAGGCUAUUUCACAACAUAAAGAGACAGCGGAGAUGUUAACACCUCUGCCAAAACAUGAUGAGAGGACGCCAGACUUUGAAUCAGCUAUCAAAAGAGACCAAACUACGACUGAUGAGAGAAUUUUGGAGUCUGACAUUGUAAAAAACUGUGCUGAUCCCAUUUCACAGACAACAGUCCCUGUUAAGGAAGAAGAUACAAAUUCAAGACCUUUGAGCAAAGCUGAGUCACAUUCACUGAUCAUUGAUGACUGUCCACCUCUUCCAGCCCCAUUUGAACAUCGCAUUGUCUGCGCCAAGCAGGUUGCCAUGAGUACAUAUUACACAGUCAGUCCCAGUGAGUUGCUGGGCGGAGGUCGUUUUGGACAGGUGCAUAAAUGUGCCGAGUUAUCCUCAGGUCUUACCCUGGCCGCUAAGAUGAUAAAAGUCCGGGGUAUGAAAGAGAGAGAUGAAGUGAAGAAUGAGAUCGGAGUUAUGAACCAGUUAAACCACGUGAAUUUGAUUCAGCUGUAUGAUGCUUUUGAAUCGCGGACUAACCUCACCCUCAUCAUGGAAUACGUUGAGGGUGGUGAACUGUUUGAACGAAUCAUUGAUGAGAACUACCAGCUGACAGAGUUGGAUGCCAUUGUGUUUACCAAGCAGAUUUGUGAAGGGGUACAGUACCUUCACCAGCAGUACAUUCUCCAUUUAGACCUGAAGCCAGAAAACAUAUUAUGCGUGAAUACCACAGGAAAUCAGAUCAAGAUCAUUGACUUUGGACUCGCCAGAAAGUAUAGGCCAAGAGAAAAGCUGAAGGUCAACUUUGGAACCCCAGAGUUCCUGGCACCAGAAGUUGUCAACUAUGAUUUUGUGUCAUUUCCUACAGACAUGUGGAGUGUUGGGGUCAUAACAUACAUGCUUUUGAGUGGCCUUUCUCCAUUUAUGGGUGACAACGACGCAGAAACAAUGAACAACAUUCUGCACGCCAAGUGGGACUUUGACGCAGAGGCAUUCGAGAAUGUGUCAGAGGAAGCCAAAGACUUCAUCUCCAGACUUCUUGUUCCUGCUAAAUGCAGCCGUCUGAGUGCAUCAGGCUGUAUGAAGCAUAGCUGGUUAAAUAACCUGGAGGACAAGGCCAAGAUGUAUAAAGUUCGUCUGAAAUCCCAAAUGAGGCUGCAGCGUUAUAUCGUUGCUCACCGUCAGUGGAAGAAACACUUCUAUGCGGUUGCUGCAGCUAACAGGUUAAAGAGGUUUCAGCAGAACAGAUCGGUCUCUACGCCGAAUUAGGUCUUUCCCCCGAAGGAAGUCAUCAGUACUCUGCCCCAUUUCUACAGUGGCCUCAAAGACAUAAAUUUGCACACUGGUUUGUCUUAGGAAAUUUGUUGUAAAAGUAUUUAUUAUGUGACCCUGCCUGUGAAAACCCAGCUAAUGUUUAUUUUUUGUGUGUGAUUUUUUGUGUGUGUGAUAUAUAGAGUAUUAAAAGUAUAACCUUUAAUUUUUUAACAUUGGACAGGUGCACUGUCCAUGUCCAUGUCAAAUAUUUUUUUUAUUAAAUUUAAUAAUGAAACUAAAUGAAACUCCUCCUAAUCUCAUAAUUAGUUUGUAAAACUUUAGCCUGAAUAUCACAGACAGGGUCACAAAUGACUUGUUUAUAGUCUGUGUCAAAAUGUUUAGCAUGUAAUAUUACCUUGUUUAAAAACAUCACGUUUCCUUGUACCUCAUUUACAACAUAAUUUACAUUUCUUUAUCAUGCUUUCACACCAAGAGUGUUUGGCAUGGAUUGCAGUGUGUUUUUGAAUCGCAUGAAAAAGCUUUUGUCCCUUCUGUGAAGGAGUAUUUCUUAGGCACUACUGCCUUGUCUUUGUUAUUUAAAACAGAAUGUUUUGCUUCUUGGUGUUAUUAAGUAUUUUAUUUUAGUAAAAGAAGAGCUGUCCAAACUGAAAUCAACUUGCACUGACAUAUCUUAAAAUACAUCAGUGCCCUUAGUUUUGCCUAAAAAUGCAAACAAAGUAAUAUUUUUAGUAAGGCAUGUUUGUUAAAACUAGUUAUAUUUCCUAAUUAAACUAAGGCUUAGUCCUGGCUUAAUCAAUCACUGUCCGGAAAACCACUUCAAAAUAUUUAGCAUGCUGAUUAGAAAAGGACAAUGUUCUGUGACUCAGCUAGUUUAUUUUCUUUCUUUUUUUACUCUUAUUUUUAAGAUAUUUUACUUAUAUCUUCAAAUUAUUUUAAUUUUAAUAUUGUGACAUUUAAGCUAAGAAUUAAUUACAUUGGCCAUAAUGUGCAUUUUGUGGCAACGUUUCAAUAGGUUGUACAAAUUAAUAAUGGCAGAAUCAGACAUAUAUGCACAAAUAUGCUCAUGCUUUUGGCACAGAAACUGCCACGUAAGUGCACACAAAGUUGGCAUCUAUACAGAGAAGCUGUAUUUGUACAUCGGAGUGUGAAAAGUUGUUUUAAUGCAAUCAUAUUAGGAUCCUCACAAACACAUUGAUGUUUUUGUAGGAUGUGUGUUUAAUCUAGACAUUAAUAAACGUAUCAAAAAUAAAAAGUGAGAAAACU